UAUCCUUUUGUUGCUGUAAUCGAAUUUCCUGCGACUGGCGAACAAUGUUCGGUGGCGGACUGCAAAUUGUUGGACUUCUUGCCGUUUGUGUGCGAGCAUUGUCAGGCCACCUUCUGCAAAGAACAUUUCUAUAUGGUAUCGCACGAGUGUUUAAAAACGGAGACCGCAAAAUUCGUUGUAGGACAAUCGGCAAGCUUCCUGUGCUCUAAGGAAUCUUGCAAGGAUGCGUCGUUGAUCGAGAUGCCUUGUAUCAAGUGUAAGCGGCAUUUUUGCGUGGCGCACAGGCAUCAGGAGCUGAGUGAAACGUAGAAGACACAGAAACUGAAGAAAUGGCAGAUACCAAAGAAACAAUUUGCAGAAGCAAAAGCUAUAGUGGAUCAACAAAUCGCGGACAGUUUGAGGAAAUCCAAAUAUACAACACUGGCAAAU